AUGGCGUCCAACGCUCUUUCUCUCAAGGAGAUCCCCACGCUGACACAACUGUAUCGUGCCAGACUCCUAUCACCAGCCAAGCACACCAUGGGUAGUGCCCCCUCCAAAGCACUAAAUGAUAUCUUAUCUCAUAUUCGACACGACAUUACCAAAUUACAAGUGGACUGCAUCGUCAAUGCUGCAAAUAGAAGCCUCCUGGGCGGCGGGGGAGUAGACGGCGCCAUUCAUCGUGCCGCUGGUCAUCGACUACUCGAUGAAUGCCGCACACUCAACGGCUGCCGUACAGGUGAUGCAAAGAUCACAAACGGAUACAACUUGCCUGCUACAAAAGUCAUUCAUACCGUGGGUCCCAUCUACGACGAUGAUAAUCACCAAUUAUCAGAAACGCUCCUUCGUCGCUGUUAUCGCCGAAGCUUGGAGUUAGCUGUGGAGCAUGGUCAGCGCUCGAUAGCUUUUUCAGCUGUCAGCACUGGUGUCUACGGUUAUCCGAAUGAGGCAGCGGCUCGAGCAGUUUUGGACGAGGUUGAUGAGUUCUUGAGGGAAGGGGACAAUCUCUCGAAGUUCGAACGGGUCAUUUUCUGCAGCUUUAUGCCUGCUGAUGUCAGGGCGUAUGAGCGAUAUUUACCGUCUUACUUUCCUCCCACGGACGAAGACAUUGAGAUCGCAAACGCAUCUCUCAAAACAAAGACCACUAAUGAUACCAUGAUUGUCGACGUGAACGAAGACGACAGCUAUGAUUCGAUCAGCGACGGCGAGCAGGAUUGGGAAGAGUUGUCCCGCGACGACGGCGACAAGAAUCACGAACUGGAUGAAGAGCCUGUCGACUUAAAUUCGAAUUCUCAAGCGGCCUCGGUGACAGAUGUGCAGAGUUUGCAGUCGAGUUCAGCCGAGUUCGAUGAGUUGUCGAAGUCCGAAACCGAGAACAAGUCUUGA